GACACCUAAAAAAGUCUUCAACACUUUUUCUUUAUUGCUCUUAGCGAGCCCAAAAUUUCAAACUAUAGUACUACAUUUUUUUUUUAUUCUUCUUCUCGUCAAGUCUCAAAAGCUAAAUCAAAAUGACAAAUGCAACGAUGGAGAACGAAACAAAACAAGACGAUAUAAUUUUUCGAUCGAAGCUCCCUGAUAUUUACAUCCCUAAUCAUCUUCCGUUACACUCGUAUUGUUUCGAAAAUAUUUCGGAAUUCAAAUCGCGCCCGUGUUUAAUCGACGGGGCGAAUAAUCAAAUUUAUACAUACGCUGAUGUUGAGCUCAAUUCGAGAAAAGUUGCUGCUGGUCUUCAUAAACAAUUUGGGAUCCAACAAAAGGAUACUAUUAUGAUCUUAUUGCCAAAUUCACCAGAAUUUGUGUAUGUCUUCCUUGGUGCGUCGUACCUCGGCGCGAUAUCGACGAUGGCUAAUCCUUUGUUUACGUCUGCUGAAGUUGUGAAGCAAGCUAAGGCUUCUAAUGCUAAGAUCAUUGUCACUCAAUCGUGUCAUGUGAACAAGGUGAAGGAUUAUGCAUUGGAGAAUGGUGUGAAGAUCGUGUGUAUCGAUCCGGCCCCUGACGGUUGUGUUCACUUUUCUGAGUUGAUUCAGGCCGAUGAGCAUGAUAUCCCUGAGGUGAAAAUCCAACCCGAUGAUGUGGUGGCGUUGCCGUAUUCCUCCGGAACAACGGGUUUACCUAAAGGUGUCAUGUUGACACACAAGGGACUAGUCACAAGUGUGGCACAACAAGUUGAUGGUGAAAAUCCAAACUUGUACAUCCAUAGUGAGGAUGUAUUGCUUUGUGUGUUGCCUUUGUUUCAUAUAUAUUCCCUCAAUUCCGUUUUGCUAUGUGGAUUAAGAGUUGGAGCAGCAAUUUUGAUUAUGCAAAAAUUUGACAUUGUUCCAUUCUUGGAAUUAAUACAAAAUUACAAGGUGACCAUAGGGCCAUUUGUGCCACCUAUUGUUUUGGCUAUUGCUAAGAGUCCUAUGGUUGAUAAUUAUGAUUUAUCAUCGGUAAGAACCGUUAUGUCUGGGGCUGCACCAUUAGGAAAAGAACUUGAAGACACUGUUCGAGCCAAAUUUCCUAAUGCUAAACUUGGUCAAGGUUACGGAAUGACAGAAGCCGGACCAGUGUUGGCUAUGUGCUUGGCAUUUGCUAAAGAACCCUUCGAAAUUAAAUCUGGAGCAUGUGGGACUGUUGUUAGAAAUGCUCAGAUGAAAAUUGUGGAUCCUGAUACUGGCAAAUCUCUCCCUAGGAACCAAUCUGGAGAGAUUUGUAUAAGAGGCGAUCAAAUUAUGAAAGGUUACCUAAAUGAUCCAGAGGCCACUACGGGAACAAUAGACAAAGAAAGGUGGUUACAUACGGGCGAUAUUGGUUAUAUUGACAUCGAUGAUGAGCUUUUCAUUGUGGAUCGUUUAAAGGAAUUGAUAAAAUACAAAGGAUUUCAAGUGGCUCCUGCUGAACUUGAAGCCCUUCUCCUCAAUCAUCCCAAUAUUUCAGAUGCUGCUGUUGUUUCAAUGAAAGACGAGCAAGCAGGAGAAGUUCCUGUGGCUUUUGUUGUCAGAUCAAAUGGCUCCACAAUUACUGAAGAUGAAGUCAAAGAAUUCAUAACAAAGCAGGUGAUAUUCUAUAAAAGGAUAAAGAGGGUAUUUUUUGUGGAUGUUGUUCCUAAAUCUCCAUCGGGCAAAAUCCUUAGAAAGGACUUGAGAGCUAAAUUAGCUGCUGGAUAUCCAAAUUAAAUACUACUUCAUACUUUAAUGGCGAUCGAAUAACUAUAACCAAUAUUUUUUUUUUUGUUAUUGAAAGUUACAUAUUUUUGUUCUUUGAAUUGUAUUUGUACGUUAAACCACCUGCCUCUAUACGGUUAAAAUUAAUUAACCAAUUUGGC